ACUCCUACGAACAAGUCCAUAAGUUGCUUAAAACAAAUUUUUUUUCCGUAAAUCACAAAAGCAGCAGCACAACAUGGCGCUGCUGACAGCUAAAGUUAUUGCAAUAUGCCUUGCACUUGCCACAACGGCUUUCAUGGUCUCAACCAUUGUUCUGGCCGUACAGAAGGCGGAUUUGGAGGAUGAAUUACAAGAUGCUUUGGAUAAAUUAGAUGCAACCACCACGCUACCCACUACACUGCCCACAACGCCUACGACGCUUACGACACCUACAACGCUUACAACACCAACGACGGCAGCACCAAACAAUCCAACACAAACUACUGCUCAGCCUGGUAAUCCAACGGAUCCAACCAAUCCAACGACUGUUACUGUAUCAACACCGACAGAAACCACACGUACCACACACGGUGCUGUAAUUCCCACCAUGACUGUGCCGAGUACGCAGUCGACUCCGUAACCUCGAAUCCCAAUUAUCCAACCCUACCACCUGGACUACCAAAUCCCGAAGAGAUUAUCUAUCGUCUGCCAACCGAUAUUCGUCCAGUCAAGUAUCGUAUUUAUUGGCAUCCGAAUUACGAAACGAACACCUG